UUCAGGCUCACAUCCUCAUCAGAGCUGAAACAUUGAAGCUGCUGCCAACAUGACAUCUACACAGCUGAUCAUCAUGACAACUCUCUGCUUCUGCAUCGUGAGCCUGCAAGCUUCUCCCAGAUCGGGAUGUUUAUGCAUACGGACCACCUCGUCCUACAUCCCUGUACGAGUCAUCGACAGAAUCGAGGUGAUUCCAGUUACAGGAUACUGUCGCUGGACAGAAGUCAUAGUGACGAGGAAGAACGGCUCUAAAGUUUGUGCCGAUCCAAACGGGAAGUGGGCCGAGGCCGUGCUCCACACUUUACUGAAGAUAAAGACCUCUGGUGUAACCCCUGGACCCCAACGCCCCGGACCCUCAACCCAGAGAUGAGCAGCCAGAGGAGGUGGACUCUCUGCAAUCUGUUGGCUUUCAGUGGGCAGAGGGAGGCAGAUAGCAGCUCUGGGAGUUGUUCUGAUGACAUAAAAUUAUAAAAUACCGAGUUAGGAUAAGAACUUUAGCUUUCAUCAACCUGCAAAAGUAGUUAAAGUGUGUCUAAAAAUAUCAUUUUAUUGAUUUCAGUUACCUUUCAGUUGAUUUGAUGAUUUUAUCAACAAAUCAAAGGAAACGAUUCUUGUGCAAAGAGUUUAAAAUAAAGUAACUAAACCUUC